AUGUCUUCCCUAGAGCAUGCUCUGAACAAGCUUCGCUUCGAUUUCAAAGUGGCUGUGGUCAUGCACUACGCGCAGAGGUCCGAGGCGUGGUACAAACGUAUGGUGGCCCAUCAAGACAUGCUGGAGCGCACGGUGUAUGCGACGAAAGCUCAGUGCCCGGAAAUUGCCUUUCAUCCGGUCGCAGUAUACUCUCUGUACAACGUCCAGGUGCACAUUUUCCGACUCGGUGAUAUCCAUCAUCGAAAGCUGCUGGUGAGGUACCUGCAACAAGUGGUGUCGCUUGACAGCAAGGGACUCAUUGCGCUUGAUCUGUUCUCCAUUGCCGCAUUUGAGCACCCUGGCGGCCAUCUUUCCUUGACGGCGCCUGGGACGCUACUUUGCGCUUCAAAGGACUACGAAUAUCACAAGCUUAACGAUCAUUUUCCGCGACCGUUGAUCUGCAUCGAGCAAGAAGACGCCUUAGCGGCCAAGAGACUUGCCUACACGAAGCAGCUCAAGUCGGCUCCUGCGCCUUCGACGUCGUCGGCAAAGCAAAAGCAACCGUCAGGUCAAGGCGGCCCACCCGGCGAGCUGAAGCGCGGUACUCCCGACUCGCCAAACCCCGAACCUGCGGACGCGAAGCGUCGGAAGGCGGACGCAAGGUCGUCAAAGUCUUCACCAACAUCGACGGCUGCAAUCUCGGCGGACUCGACGGCGAAACCUCCAGUCGUGAAGAUUCCAGUUGUUCCUAAGGCGGCGACGAAGCCGAUCCCCGCCAAGGCGCCGACACCGACGGGUCCCAGGGCUUUGUCGGCUAUGUUUACGCCGAUCGCGAAGGCUCCAAUUGCGUCGUCUCCGACGGUGAAGGCUCCAUCGCCUGUCGAAGCACCGACCGGCAAGGCCCCAAUCGCGGCGAACCCAACCGUGACCAUGCCACCUCCGCCGGUGGCCCCACCGCCGGCGGUUGGUCCGGCGUCCGACUUGAUCCAAGUCCUUAUGGUCGACGACACGCCCUACAUGCUAGCUUUUCUUGCGCGCCACAAGCUACCAGUUCCGACGCCUCUGAACAACCGCACCCUCCUUGCUGUCGUGGCCGCCGACUAUGAAGACGAGAAACGCGGCCGUCUCGAAGAUCGCCAGCGCGCUGCCGCCGAGCUGCAGGCCGAGCGGCAGGCGAAGGAUACGGCGGUGGCAAGCGCUCAGGCCGAGGCAAAGCAGAGCCGCAACGAGCUCGCGACCGAGCGAGAAGGUCGGCGUCAAGACAAGGAGACGAUUGCUUGGUAUGACAAGUAUACCGAGCCGCUUCGCGUGGGUCCACCCGGGUUCAGCGGCUAG